AACAGAACCUAAGUAACACUUUUAUUUGAAUGCUUUGGGCCUCAAAUAUGCUAGAGCAGGCCCUGCUGCAGGGGCGGUAAAGCCAAAAGACGUCAGGCGGGAAAAGAUAAGAAGCCAGGAAGGGAGUAUUUGAACACAUGAGUCCGAUCUGAUCUUGAAUCCAAAUUAGCCUUGAAUCUGUCCUUUUACGUCCACGGUUCUAGUUUCUGUUUGGGUAAUUGGAAAUAAGAGAUCUUAUUAAUCUGGAAACAAAAGUGUGGGUGAGUCAAAGACAAGCACCAGGAAGGAAGGGAGAUGGAGAAGCUCAAAGAGGCAGUAGAUACUUGGCCUAUACAAGCUUGCAGAAAAAGGAAAAGGAAUCUUGAGAAACUGAGCUUUCAGGUAGGAGGGGAGAGGGGAUCCAGUUCUGAACAACAUAACCCAAUUGCCCCUCGAAACCAUCUGCUACAUUCUCUCUUUGCUACCUGUUAGAGAUGGUGUGAGAGCGAGGUUUUCAACAGCUCUGUGGAAAGACCUCCCUGACUAUCGGCCUGUUCUCCACUUUGACCCCCUUACUGUGUUUGGGAAACAAAUUGGGUACAGUCUCAGACAUAUUCGUAACACCAAGUUUGUGAACAUUGUCCAUAGGUUCAUGGAAGUUUGGAUGGGCCAAAAAAUGGGAAAACUUGUUGUUGAGUUUUCUCUUGUGAAUGAACACGCGUCCCAUAUUGAUAGCUGGGUUGAGACCUCUAUUAGAAAGGGAGUCGAGGAAAUACAGCUCAACUUUCGUGGCCUGCGGGAAGGUGAAGAAAGAUAUGUAUUCCCAUCUCAUCUCCUAAACCAUGGUAAAGCAGGCGGAGCAGCGCCUCCUUGCCGUUUGAAGAACUUAAGCCUAACAUUCUGCAAACUGCACCUUUCUCGUGAAUGCAUUAGCUGGUUAUGCAAUUUGACUGCACUCCAUUUGAGUCGUGUGCCUUUGGCUGAGAGGGGGAUCCGACGUCUCCUCUCUGGAGCUUCAAAUCUCCUGUCCCUUUCGCUCCACUCCUGCCCAAUGCCAUUUCUACUCUCCAUACAUGGUCCACACCUCCGUCUCAAGAAAUUGAGCAUCCAGAAUCUUUCAGGGAUCCAACUCAACUGUCCUUGUCUUGAGGUUUUUGAGUAUUCUGGCCACUCGUGUCGUGUCACCCUUAUAGAUGUCCCCUUGUUGAGAGAAAUUAGUCACGAAACUGCGAGAGGCUACGCAUAUGCAUUUGAUCAUCUCACCGCGAACUCCCCAAGUCUUGAAGCCUUGUCCCUUACACUUACUAGCCAGGUACAACCAUUCUUUGCAUCUCUUGCUAGACGCAGUCUAAAAAAGCUUAAUAUAAGAACUAUAAUCCCGAAACCUUUUGACCUUAGGGCUCUCACCUGCAUGUUAAAUGCUUGUCCGCUACUCCAGAUAUUUGAACUACAGGUUUGUUGAUACAGUUUUCUUGUAAUGGUUUUUGGUAUCAUGCUUGUUACUUGAUGAUCAUCCAUGUUGUCUAUAUCAAGCAUACCAUUAUUUCGGAUACCUAGUUGGGUUCCUUUUUGCUGUCACCUGUAUGAACGUUAAGUGCUUGUUCUCUCCUCUCAGGUAGGUAUGUUGAUACAGUUUCCAUCUGCAACAUUACACUGUUUUCUUGUUUAGGACUACUUGAGUAUCUGUGUAGUCCAUUAUAUCAAACAUUCUCUUGCCUAUUGAAUUCAUAUGGAAAGGUUGCUACUUAAUUCGUGCACAUGCCUUCUUUUAUUAUGCAUGUUUGUGUAGUUUGAUCUCUAUGUCGAGAUCAAAGGUGGCUUUUUAAUUUCAUUUUUAUAACAAAUUACUUUUGGAGGAUUUCAAGAAUGACUGAGAAUUGAGGUAACAGGAGUUGCCGAUGAAUUCAUUUUGGAUGAAACAGGGGUUCAUAUCAUAGAAGUUUUGACCUUGUUUUAGCUUCUUAGAAUAUUGACGUUGAUAACCUUCCAUCUUGAAAUGCAGUGUAGUAAUUGUUAUGACCCCAUGCAAGUCGUGCAAACACAAUUCCCAGAGCAACCACAUUUUGAGUUGAAAACAGUGAAGUUUUCUGGUGCUAUUCACCAUUGGAAUGUCAAGGAGCUUGCAGCCUAUUUACUAAAAAAUGCAGUUGCACUUGAGCAGAUAUUCAUUCAAGAUCGAUAUUCUUUAGCAAAAAUAGAGGAUUGGAUGCCAUUGCAAGAGAUUAGUCCAUCUGUACAAGUAGUCAUUUUAGGACGCAAUGACAAGUGAGCUUUUAAUUUAUUGGGUUUCUCAGUCGCCUUUUAUUUUAUUAAAGUUUCUCACUGGCUUUUUAAUUUAUAUUGAAUAUUUGAAGCUACUCAAUGGCUUUGGGUUUCAUCUAUUUGAAGUUACUCAGUCGCCUUUGUGUUGCUUUUGGUAGCAAAUUCUCAUCAUUAGCUUUAUUGCAUCUAACGUGAUAAAUGAUCAGGAAAAUAAGGUACGGAAGAUGGUUGGGCCUUUUUAAUCAUGUGAUUAUUGAUGUGGUUGUGUAUUUAUUUGCCUUGUCAAUUUAGUUGUUACCAUCUUCAUUCGAAAGAAGAUCUCACUACAUUUUACCAUCCUUAAAAAACAAUUUGAAAAGAAAGUGCAGGAAAAUCAAAAUAUUAUGAAGCAAACAAAAGUAUGUUAUAUGAAUUCACAGUGAACAAUAAUGAGCGUCUCCAAACACCUUGAGUUCAUACUCAAAAUUUGAUGACUACAUAAACUGUCCACCAUCUGUAAUAUAUAAGACAGAAGUGUUAGAUAAUUUAAUUCCAUUACAUAAACUUAGUUUUUAUUGAAAUUAAACAAAUCAAUUAAGUAGUUAAAGGGUGCAUCCAAAUUCUAACAUAUAAAUUUCAGUCCAAUUGACUCUGCCUAAGUGUCACCCAUCCACCAGAAACCUGUUUUCUAGAAGGCGCUUUCGAGGCGCCCUCAAGGCUCGCUUCAGUUCCACCGGCUUAAGCCUUGGGUAGUUGGAUUGAGUCUUAUGACUCAUACGCUUCAAAUGUGUUUCCAGUGACUCAUACGCUUAAAAAAUUCUGAUUUGAUCAUGGGAUUAUUAUUCAUAAAUAAAAUUUAUGCUGACCCUUUUUAUUCAUUAGUUAGCAUGUUUUUAGCCUAUUAACCAUAUAUUUGCCACAUUCACUACUUCCUUCACAGCUUUAAUUGCUCUACUUUCCCUCUGAUAGAAAUGUACCCCAUGGUGAUAAUGGAAAUUUUAAACAUGCCCAUUCUUGAACUUGACUGACCUUAAGUGAAAAUGACUUUUAAGUACACUUUUUAGUUGAUUCAUCAAAUAUGUGUUUAAAAUAUAUCAGAGGUUUAAUGUUCUGAAGUUUAAGCAUCAUGAACGUUGGUAAACCCCGUGUCUCCACUUGUUUUGUGGAUAAUAUCCUAUUAGAUUCUAAACUUAUGACUUUUUUGUUUCCUCACAUGUGUGCCACACUGUCAAUGCAGGUAGUUUAAAGAAUUAAGUGUUGUUAUGUUGAGGGAUACACCUCAAACUGCCCCGAGGCUUACACAUCAACUCAAAUAAACAGCGCCUCAAACACCUUAAAAAAUGCCUUUUCAAACCAUGCCUAAUGCCACUGGAGAAUGAUCUACAUAUCACAUGAGGGUAAAUGCUAGAUAACUGCCUCAAGGCUUGCGCUUCAACAAGUUCAAGUCCGGCCGAGAUGAGACACUGAGGAACAUGUCUCAUUGGCUGUGUAAGGAUUACACUUCAGAUAUUCCGCUAAAAUGGACAGUUGACAAUAAAAUAUGGCGGUUUUAGGUGAGGUUCAACUCAAUAAGAUUUUUUCUUUAUAAAAAAUGAGUAUGCUCUUUUACAGACUUUAAAAGAGAAGAAAACAUGAAUCCAACCAAAACCUUAAAACUUCGAUGUUCAUUCUCUACCUAGCUCUUUGAUCAUAUUCUCUAGUUGACUGCUUGGAACAGUACAAUUCUGCGCAAUUGCUUUAAUUUUCCUUGGCUAAAACAUCCACUUUCUUGUAUGUUCAGUUGAUUAGUCAUGCUCGCGUUCCUUGCUUUUGUGUUGAAGAGUUGAUUUGAUUAUUUGAUAUUUUUGUUUGAACUACAGAAAUGUACCAUGGAAGCAUUAUUAAUGUUAUUUAAACUUAUAUUUACUUAAGAACACUUUUUAGUUCUCUUGCUGAAUGAAUUAUUUAUGAAUUAUUUUUUGUUAAGUAUACCUUAUUACCUUAUAUGUGAGGCUUAGGUGCUACACUGCUACAUCACUCGAGGCUUACACCUUGUGAGCCUAAGGUGAAGUGCCUAAACUAAUAUAUUAGCUUUUUAAAACUGAUUGAAUAUUUGUAUGGGCAUUUGGUACACAAUGACACAUAUUCGAGGAAGGACAGAUGAUUUACUAAAGAAUCUCAAAAAGUGAGCAUGGUUCAUAAAUAGAGACAAAUAUAUAAGGAGUUCUGGUGUAACUGUAUAAGAAAUCACCUUUUGCCAUAUGCAGGUGCAGGUUUCGGAGCAGAAUUCUCAGCCAUGACAACACUUAUUUUGUGACCUCUCAUUAUCUGGCUGCCAAACACAGCAUGUGUUAGGCAUCAUGAACGUUGGUAACCCCGUGUCUACACUUGUUUAAACCAACUGCAUCAGGAGGAUAUUUAUUGUUUCCACCAUAACCACCACUUAGAUGUGGAGGAUAACUGGUAUUACAGACUGGAGGAGGACCCUGACCUGCUAACCAUAACCACUGUUAUCUCUUCCCUGGUUAUCACCAUAAGCACUGCUUCUACCAUCUCCUCCACUUCCACUAUCUAACCCUCUGUCUAUUAUUAUCAGCUCCGACGCCAUCACGAUCAUCAUUACCAUUAUUUACCAGCAGGAGAAGGCUCACCACUUUUGUUACGUUCAACUCUUCUAGCAAAGUUCAGAUUUCCACAACUAGAGUCACACAUGCGGAGAUUAAUAUCGUCCCAUAGAUAUUGUAACUCACAAGAACAUUCAGCAAAUCAGCAGUGAUAAGAAAAUACUCGGUAAAAAUUACAAAUGUUGAUUAGGGGAAAAACAAAGAAAGGCUUGUGUGAAAAGAAACAAGGAAUAUAAGCAGUUCUACAAAUUUCUUUUUAAAGACAGAAAGAGCAGUGGACUUCUAUUGAUGCUCAGUGCUCACAGUUCAAAUUACUUUACAAGUUAGGGUGUGCCAAGGCAUCACGAGCACUGAUCCUCUCUGUUGGGUGUGCAAGUACAAAAUAAGACGAAUUUAGCAAAUAAUAUUUUGCAAAGAGUUAUGGCAGAAUAAUUCUAGAAGGAUAUUAGCUCUAAAUGAGAUUAAAAAUAGUCCAAAAUUUCACAUUAUGAUUAUAUUUGUUUUAUUCCAAAAAUACGAGUAAUAUAAGUCUUUUCUUUUUAUUCAACCUUCAACCUAUAAUUUCUAAUAGAUUUAUUUAUUAAUAACAAAAAUCAUAGUUUUAUUUAAAAUAAAAACAUAAAAAAUCGUAGAAAAUUUAUAAAUCAAUAAAAAAUUCGGCAAAAAAUAAAAUAAAAUAAUAAUAAAAAAAAGUAUUUAAAAAAAUAAAAAAUCUAAAAAAAAUUAAAAAAUAUGUAGGUCACUACCUCCACAUCCCACACCUCCUAGCACCACCACCUCCGGUCGCUGGAAAAAAGGUCAUCUUGUAUAAAAAUGUCACAUUUCUCUGAGAAUGCCAUGAAGAUGACAUUUUUACUCUUUGAAAAUAUUUAGCUUUCUUUUCAAAAUUGUCAUCACGAUGACAUUUCCCCCCAACUUGGCAGUCCUUUACGGCGACCGGAGGUGGCGAUGCUGGCAGGUGCCUGAGGUGGUGGUUGAGGUCUGUAUAUUUUUUUUUUUUACGUUUUUUUAUUUUUUUUAUGUUUUAUAACGAUUAGUUAAAAAGUCCUAUUAGGAAGGACAAGGGAAAGGGUAGAAUAGGAAGAGUUAGUCCUAUUUUGUGAAUUUAAACUUUAAACUUCUAUUAUUGCAAUGAUCCUUUUAUUUAGUCCUAUUUAGGGAAAUCUCUCAUUCUAGAACAAGGAAAGAAUAUCAGGGAAUAAAGCUACCAAAAUAAAGGGCCUAACAUAUGAGUUUUUUUUUUUCAAAAAUAUUAUUAAAAUAAAACUUAUUUACACAAAUAUGACUAAUAAUUACUAAAAUAUAGUGUCAUAGUAACUUAAGUUUUAAAAAAUGAACAUAGCUACUAUGAUUCCAUUACUACUAUAAUCACUAGCAACACUUUAGUAAAUUACAUGUAUUUUAGUCAUAAAUAUUUAAUUAUUCCCUAAAAUAUAUUAGGAAACACAUUAGAGCUUCUACCCUCCCCUCAACUUCGAGCGUGCAGGUCUCGAACACCCAACACCCAACUUGCCAAGUGUUUUUGUGAAAAAUAUUUGCAGCUUGAUGUUUGAUCUAAGUGCAAAGGCCUUAUUUCAUUUGAUAGUACCCUUUCCCGAAUAAAGUAGCAGUCCAUUUCAGCUUGGAGAUAAAAUAAGUGUCCCACCAGUCAUCGAUAUUUUGCUGCAUCUAUCGUGGAGCUAUCAUCAGCUUUGUCUAGGCGCAGAUUCGAUUCCAUUGGAAAAGGACUAGUGCAACACCCUAAUUGCCCGAUUUCGCUUAGGAUAUCCAUCGUGUACUUUCGUUGACUCAAGACGAGUCCAUUAUCAGUUUGAGCCACCUCUAUGCCCAAGAAAUAUUUCAAUGGCCCUAAAUCCUUGAUGCUAAAGUGCUCAUUUAAGUGGUUCUUCACUUCCUGAACUUUUGCAUUGGUGUUGCCUACAAUAAUAACAUCGUCCACAUAAAUUAAGGCUGCGAUGUAGAUAGGUCCUUUCUUGAAGAUGAACAAAGAGUGAUCUACUCAUGAUUGUCGAAACCCAAUAUUGAGGAGAAAUUUGGUGAAUUUGUGAUGCCAGCUACGAGAUGCUUGUCGAAGACCAUAUAGUGACUUUUGCAAGUGACAUACCCCGGUCUCUCCUUCCUUCGCGGAUCCUUUGGGAAUCUUCAUGUACACUUCUUCCUCCAAAUCCCCAUGUAGAAAUGCAUUGUUUACAUCAAGUUGAUGAAUGCCCCAACCCUUCUUGGCCGCGACCUCAAGCAAACCUCUGACAGUGACAAGCUUAGCUAUUGGAGCGAAGGUCUCAUGGAAAUUGAUACUGUCCAGUUGAGUGAACCCCCUUUGCGACCAAUCGUUUCUUGUAUCUAUCAACUUCUCCAGUCAAUUUGUAUUUGAUUUUGUAAACCCAUUUGGAGUCAACAAGACGUCUCCCUGGGUUAGUGCCUCAAGGGUCCAUGUUCCAUUGCUUUCGAGGGCAUUGAUCUCCUUCUGCAUUGCUUCUUGCCAUCUCAAAAUAUUUAGGCUCAUCACUUGUAGUGAUGACUGAGAGAAAAGCUUUAUGUUCAUUAGAAAAAGUUUUGAAAGAGACAAAGUUUGCAGGAUGAAAUACCGUCAAGGACUCUUGAGUAGCAACGGGUUGAGAGUGGUCUAUAGAGGGUGGAAAGCUAGUAAUGAAGUCAUUGAGCCUCUUGGGUUGAGUUUUCAUUCGUUCUGAUCUGCACCAUAACUCUGCCUUGACUGAAGCCGCCACUUUCACUCUUCCACCCAUUUUCGGCUCCAUAUAAUAUAGACCAUCUCUGCACUUACCCACAUCAAUUAGGGUCCUCGAGCGUAUGUCUUGCGAAACACAAAAAACCGAGAAGAAAGUCAUGGCGCAAUUCAAAUCUUUUGUCAUAUAACUAAUUGAGAGUAGGCUGCAUUUAAAUUGCGGAAUGAAUAACACGUUGUUGACUUUCAACCCAUUCGGUAGUAUGGAGUUCACAAUCCCCUCUACUGGAAUUGUGUCUCCGUUGGGUAUUGAGACCGACAUAUGACCAUAUUUCCCUUUUUCUUGCAAUAUGUUGCCAUCAUAUGUGAUGUAAUCCGUGGUGCCAGUGUCAAUAACACAUGAUCUAUUUGAGUGUAUCUUACCAGCCAUGUUCACAGAAGAAUGACUUGCUUCGUGUGAACCACCAGUUUCUUUAAAGUAGUGUUUGAUGAGUCUUGAAAAUUGCUCAGUUGAGAGUCCUGGUAUUGGACUCGGCUCUUGGUUGUCUUGUGAUGCCUUCAGGUUAAAUUUUCCAGAUGUUGAGCGAUUCCCCCCUUCUCCAUUCUGUUGUAUUGUUUUUCCCGACCACCAAUUUAGAUAUCCUAUUCUUUUGAAACACCCAUUGUAUGUGUGCCCAAGUUUUCCACAGUGUGUGUACUGCUCCUGUUUAUCAUUGCCUCCAGUUCUUUCUUUCCCAGACCCACGGCCUACUUGUUUCCCUCGAGUAUUCGUCGCCUCUUUAUGUAUCUGACGACUCUCAAUGUGUGCUUGAAAGGUUGUUGCUUCCGUGAAUGGUCUUGUGCCCACUGAGAUGGAUCUCUAUCGUUCAUCCUCUUCCACCAUAUGAUAGGUGGUGUCCAGACUCGGUGGUGGCCUUAAAGCGAGAAUCUGACUGCUUAUUGUUCCAAAAUUACUAUCAAGACCCAUUAAGAACUUGUACAUUUGUUCCCAACCGGCACAUGUACACUUUAACACCGGCGAGACUGAAUUCAUCUCAUCCCAAAUACCCCUAAGUUUGGUGUAAUAUGCUGAGACAGAGGAUCUAGCUUGACGAGUAUUUGUAAUUGUUUGUUUUAAUUCAUAAGCACGUGGCACGCUCUCCUUGCUAAAUCGUUCUUCGAGAUCUUCCCAGAUCUCCGCUGCUUAGUUAGCAUACUUCACGCUAUCUCUAAUCUCCUUCUACAUGGCCGUAGUAAGCCACCCAUUGAUCAUGUCAUCACAUCUCUUCCACGCCAUGAUGUCUUUUGAACCUUCUUCAGGCAUCGCGAUGGUCCCAUCGAUAAAACCAAUCCUGUUUUUGGCAAAGAGAAAAAAUUUCAUCUCCUGUGCCCAAUAAGAAUAAUUUUCGUCGGCCAGUGCAUCAUUGACAUCUAUCUACUGCGGGUAGUCUGAGGGAUGGAGAUAGUAAACAGAAUUGUCGUCGAUGAAUGGAGAUGUCGAAGACGAACUCAUCAUCUCUGAUGCUUUUGCCGCAUCAUCUCCAGCCAUGGUGGUUGGGUGAAUUCUGUGGUGAUUUAUUUGUUUGUCAGGAUCCGAACCUGCUCUGAUACCAUGAAGGAAUUGACCAGAACUAAUUGAUCUUCUUCAUUCACCAAGGUCUGUAUAUAUUGAUUACAAGAGAAGUUUUGGGUGUUCAUUUCUUUGUACAAUUAAAAUUUGAAAGAAAAAUAAAUAAUUAAAUUAAAUUAAUAUAUAUAUAUACUAAUAUGUUUGUCAAAAGUUUAGGUGUUCAAUUGAAUCCCCUUGAACUAUGGUGGCUCUGCCACUGUACAAGCGAUGAGUCCUAAUAUGGAAUAGAUCUCAAGAGUUAUUGUGGCAAAAUAAUUCUAAUUCUAGAACAAGGAAAGAAUCCUAGGGAAUAAAGCUGCGAAAAUAAAGGUCCUAAAAUAUAUUAGGAAAUAAAUUAACUAGAACUUCUUCAAUUCCUUCAUCACAAAGGUCUAAAUCGCUCAAGCCCUCACCGAUACACUCCGGCAUAUCCUUCGAUGAAAAGAAUGGAAGUAAAGAUAGACUAGACCAUGAUUGGUGUCAUAUGAAAGAUAACAAGAAGUUAUAAAAAAUUAUAUAUUUCUUGUAUAAAUCUGAGUACAAAUUAAGCAGUUAUAGCACUUUAAAAAAUAUAAGUUUUUUUUAUAUCCAAUAUUGAUCUCGUAUGAAAGAUAAUAAAAAGUUAUAAAUUUUGAUAUAUAUUUUGUAACAAUCGGAAUACAAAUAAAAAUGUUAUAACACUUUAAAAAACAAGAUUUUUUUAUUUGUGGGACCCAAGCUAUUUUCUCCCUCUUGUGCGUAGUAGGUUUUCCGUUGCUACAUACAGAAGUUGGCUGUUCUACACUACUACUAACUAGAGUUUAUAUUAGUAGUAGGUUGGGAAAUAUUUUUAACCAUGCCUCAAUUUGGUAAAUACUCUUUUAUUUAGCAUUAAACUAGGAAAAAACUCAUUAGUAUUUACUUAGUUAAAGAUUCUUUGUAUAACUAGAACUCCGUCGUCGCCAGCAAAGAGAGUAUCAUGCGAACUCAACUCACCGAGUAUGCAUCCAAUCGACCACAUGUCAAUUGAGGAUGUAUAAGAAUCUGAACCUAGGUAAAGCUCAAGAGCCCUAUACAUCGUGGCGGUCAUCUAUAAAAUGUUUUUAAAAGCUUCUGUAAAUUGUGUUACUAUUACUAUAGUAAUGAUAAUAAUAAUAAUAAUAACAAUAAUAGAGUAUAUUAAAUAAUUGGUAUAGUUAGCUUUGGAUAGGCCCAUAAGAAAAAUAUUAUAAAUAGGAGUUGGGAGUAGAAUGAAAGGUUAGGUAGAAUUUAGUUGGGAUUGGGCUUUGGGAGUGUGAGACUACUCUAAGUGUCUCAGUAUGCUAUUCUUUCUCUUUCUUCUAUAUUGUGCUAAUUCUUACGUUGAUUUGUAAGAAAUCUGAGAAUUUUCUCAGCAUUUCAGUGUUGAAUAUACAAAAGUAUUCUGUUAAAAUUGGAGUGCCUAUCAUUGAUAUCAGAGCAGUUCGGUCAUGUAGCCAAUGAAUGAGAUGUACAAGGUCGCAAAUGGAGAAUGGACUGGAUAACAUUGAGCAGUACAUGGAGCAGAACAAAACUGAUGUGCGACCGGUGGUGGCAAAUCUAGAGCGGAACACAACUAAUUAUAUUGAGAGUUAUUUUAAUAUUAUUAAUUAGUUGUACCAUAUUUGUAUUAUCUCUAGGUGAGUACAUGUCCAUGCAUCAUGCAUCACCAACUAAAACAAUGCUAGGUGGGUGCAUUCUUUAGUAUGACCCAUGCACUAUUAUUAUUUUUGGAUUCUCUCUCCUACCACUCCUAUUGUAAUGUGUGUUAAUAAUCAUGGAGUAGUAAUAAACUCAAUGCUUCAAUUCUAUGUCAUUCUCUUCCUUCGAUAAUUUAGUUCAACUCUUGA